CCUAGCUCUGAAAAUAAGAACUUUCAGAGAGAUAUGGAGAGAAGCUCUGUUCUAAGCUUUCCUUCUUCAAAAACACAUUUCAGAUUUGCUUCUCAUCAAUUAUCUUCUCUCAAGUUGUUAAUUUUCAUCCUAAACAGUUUAGAUGGAUUUUCUCCUUGAAAACAUAUUAUCGCCAUUUAAUCUUCGAAAAACCUAGAUGGAUUUUCCUCAUCACGAGCUCAACAACAACCUGAGCUCGAAUCAGAUUCUUCAUCAACUGAUUAUAAGCAAGGGAAGAAGAGGCUUGUUGAUCGUUUAUCAGCUGUUAUUGAUGCGGUUAAUGAUCAGGAACUUCCUCCGUGAUUCGUGGUAACGCAAUCAGUCUUUAAUUUUCUUCUUCAAUCACAGCAGAGAGUUUUCAUCAAUGGCGGAUACCGAGAAGUUUGCUUUCCAAGCUGAGAUCAACCAGCUUCUCAGUUUGAUCAUCAAUACUUUCUACUCUAACAAGGAGAUCUUCCUCAGAGAGCUUAUCAGUAACUCUUCCGAUGCCUUGGACAAAAUCAGAUUCGAGGGUUUGACUGAUAAGAGCAAGCUUGAUUCUCAGCCUGAGCUCUAUAUCCACAUCAUCCCUGACAAGGCCAACAACACCCUUACCCUAAUUGAUAGUGGUGUUGGUAUGACCAAGUCAGAUUUGGUGAACAACCUUGGUACCAUUGCAAGGUCUGGAACUAAAGAAUUCAUGGAAGCUUUGGCUGCUGGUGCUGAUGUUAGUAUGAUUGGGCAGUUUGGUGUCGGUUUCUAUUCUGCAUACCUUGUUGCUGAUAAAGUUAUUGUUACCACCAAGCACAAUGAUGAUGAGCAGUAUGUUUGGGAAUCACAGGCUGGAGGAUCUUUCACUGUUACCAGGGAUACCUCUGGCGAGGUUCUUGGCAGGGGUACUAAGAUCACUCUCGUUCUCAAGGAUGAUCAGCUCGAGUACCUUGAGGAGCGCAGGUUGAAGGAUUUGGUCAAGAAGCAUUCCGAGUUCAUCAGCUACCCAAUCUCUUUGUGGACAGAGAAGACCACUGAGAAGGAAAUCUCAGAUGACGAGGAUGAGGAGAUGAAAGAUGAAGAGGGAAAGGUAGAGGAGGUUGAUGAAGAAAAGGAGAAGACGGAGAAGAAAAAGAAGACUAUCAAGGAAGUAUCCCAUGAAUGGGAGGUGAUCAACAAGCAAAAGCCUAUCUGGAUGAGGAAGCCAGAUGAGAUCACAAAGGACGAGUAUGCUGCAUUCUACAAGAGUCUCACCAAUGACUGGGAGGAGCAUUUGGCUGUGAAGCACUUUGAGGUUGAAGGGCAGCUUGAAUUUAAGGCAGUUCUCUUUGUUCCCAAGAGAGCCCCAUUCGAUCUCUUUGACACAAAGAAGAAGCCCAGCAACAUUAAGUUGUACGUUCGUCGUGUGUUCAUCAUGGAUAACUGUGAGGAUCUCAUCCCUGAGUACCUCAGCUUUGUUAAGGGUAUUGUUGAUUCAGAGGACCUUCCCCUUAACAUUUCUAGGGAGAUGUUGCAGCAGAACAAGAUCCUUAAGGUCAUCCGCAAGAACUUGGUGAAGAAGUGCCUUGAGCUCUUCUUUGAGAUUGCCGAGAACAAAGAAGAUUAUAUCAAAUACUACGAAGCCUUCUCCAAGAACCUCAAGCUUGGGAUCCAUGAGGAUUCCACCAACAAGUCAAAGAUUGCUGAUUUGCUUCGAUACCACUCAACCAAGAGUGGUGAUGAGAUGACCAGUUUGAAAGACUAUGUGACCAGAAUGAAGGAGGGUCAGAAUGACAUCUUCUACAUCACUGGUGAGAGCAAGAAAGCAGUUGAGAACUCUCCUUUCCUCGAGAGAUUGAAGAAGAAGGGUUAUGAAGUCCUUUACAUGGUUGAUGCCAUUGAUGAGUAUGCUGUUGGUCAAUUGAAGGAUUACGAGGGAAAGAAACUUGUAUCUGCCACCAAGGAAGGUUUGAAGUUGGAGGAAAGUGAGGAUGAGAAGAAGAAGGCCGAGACGUUGAAGGAGAAGUUUGAGGGUCUGUGCAAGGUGAUUAAGGAAGUGUUGGGUGACCGAGUUGAGAAGGUUGUUGUCUCUGAGCGUGUUGUUGAAUCUCCCUGUGUUUUGGUUACCGGAGAGUAUGGUUGGACUGCGAACAUGGAGAGAAUCAUGAAGGCGCAAGCUUUGAGGGAUUCAAGCACGGCUGGAUACAUGGCCAGCAAGAAGACCAUGGAGAUCAACCCUGAAAAUUCAAUCAUGCAGGAGCUCAGGAAGAGGGCUGAUGCUGACAAGAAUGACAAGUCUGUGAAGGAUUUGGUUCUCCUGUUGUUUGAGACUGCUCUUCUUACAUCUGGUUUCAGUCUCGAGGAGCCAACCACCUUUGGCAACAGAAUCCACAGGAUGUUGAAGUUGGGUUUGAGCAUUGAUGAAGAGGGUGCUGACACUGAAGCUGACCCAGAGAUGCCUGAACUUGUUGAAGAUGAUGCCCAGGACAGCAAGAUGGAGGAGGUCGCCUAAGCCCUUGGUAGAUUGCGUAGAGUUUCUAGUACUGGCACUUUCUCCUGUACAGAAUUAGUAGCGCUUUGUUUUCUAUUUUAUUUUUGGUUUUUUUGUUUUUCCUUUUUUUUUUCCUUUUCUGCUUUAGGCUGUGAGUUUGAGGGUAUACUUCUCUUUUUGGCUGCCCUGGAUGUUUUUGUUACAUUACUUACCUGGUCUGCUUAAUUUCCUA